AUGGAUGUGACCGAGAUUGCGAAGACGAUUGAGUCCACCACGGGUGACCUGUCGGAGCGCUACUUGACGACAAACAGAGCUUUCGGGGGCGAGGGGAAGAGCUGGCUGGUGAACUUCCUCAAGGUGCUCAAGGAGGGUGGAGGCAAGCAGGUCCGGGUGCGAGGCGUGGAUGGAGAUGGACGCCCGGUCAACCACCUCUACACCAUGCAUGAGAGGAAGCUGAAGGGCCACAAGCAGGGAAGCACCUAUGCAGACUGCGUGAAGUUGUGCCGCCAAUUCGCCCGAGACUGCGUGGACAACCUCAAUGACCGGGUGGAUGACCUUGGGAAGCUGGGCCCGACGAAGCUGUUCCAGGCGGGGAAGUGGCCGAAGAUCAAGGCCCAGCGAGAGAAGAAGUGCAAGGAGUGGCUGAACGGAUGCAGCAGGCUGUUCCGCAACAAGCUCCCGGGAUUCGACCUCAAAGCAGCAGAGAGGGAGCUCCCUACGUUCUGCGCGAUCAUGGAGACUCACCAUGAGAUGGAGAGCUUCGCACAGGGCCUGUCCAACUUUCUUGGGAGCACAGACUCAAAGCGGUAA